AUGUGUACCGAAACCAUCGCCCUCUGCGAAAGCUGCGGCCUACAUAGGCACAUUCACUACCAUCUCUGCAUGGCUUGGCUGUGGAGCUACCGCCAGAUCGAAUGGGGCUUCACCACGCCGCUCGACUCGACCCCGAAGGCCAAGAAUUGCCCUUUCCUUGACGGCGAGGUCAAGCUGGAGAUCCAGCCCGGGCGGUGCCCCAACGAGCAGUGCCCCGGUCACCGAAUCAAGGCGGAGAUGGACCUGACGCCGGCUGACACGAGAACGGACGCCGACAAGAUCGAGGCGCAGCGCAUUAAGCUGGGCCUGAAGAAGAGGACGAGACCGCAGGGUUUCCAGGACCCGUUGGAGGUCGGUCGGCCGCAUCAGCGCAAUGUCCCCGUCGUCAUCUUGGACGGGCGGCCCGACGAGGGCUCUGGACAGAUUCAGGGGCGGCAUAGGGGUCGGGAGGAUCGGGAAACGAACGGGACAGUCACACCCCAGCAGGAGCACGCUGGAGGAAUCAAGAUCCCAACGCGUUCGCCGCCAGUCGGGGUGCCUGCUUGGAGGCAGAGGGAUUUCAACGGACCCAUGAUGAUGCCGCACUGA